UGAAAAAAAAAAGAGCAAAAAAAACUGCACGACCCCAUGUUGGGCAGGCACCAAGCCACGGCGACAGGGAAGGAGCACCCGCGCGCUGCCAUUAGCUCCGCCGCCCGCCUGCUGCUGCAGUGUUGCAGUGCUGCAGUGACUGUUCGAUGCACGUCGACCACCUACAGGGUACGUACAGUACUCCACCCAAACUAAGGUAUUGCGCGCCCACCUUUCACCCACCUUUCCACCUUGAAAUUUACUUCUCGUCGUCCUCCACCACCACCACCACCACCUCCACUGGUACAUCUGCCACAAAACAACCCCUCAAACAACAAAAAUUCUCUCACCGACUCUCUAAAACCAAGCUUCCAUCCUCUUUCUUCGACACAGAGCUUCUUCCUGCUCCCAGUCUCACUCGCCUCGCCCUUGUUCCGCCUGGAACCGCUUCCUCGCAACCACCCCGCCAAAAAAAAAUAAAACCCGCCGCCCGCGCCCAUCGUCAUUGCUUCCUUCGCCCUCACGCGACCGUCUCCACGUCUCCUCCAAACCGAGCUGUCCUAAACCCGACCUGACUCUUACAAUUCGAUGUCGAAUAAUCGAGUCUAACUCUCAUCACUGUCCAAAAGACACCUAGACGGCCGUAGUUCUCGACCGUCGCCCAACUCUUUCUCCGGUUCCCUCCCCGGGUCUUCUAUGCGACCCACAGAUCUCCUGCGCUUCCUCUUCUCCCGACCAUCCAAGUAUGCCAUCUCUUCUGCCUCGCUCUGAGGCUCUGGCUCUAUUGUUGAA